AUGAAUAGGACUGGAAAAACAAAUGCUUCAAAAGGUGUAGAGAAUCAUUACAAUGAAUAUAAAGAAUUUCAUCUUUGUGAAACAGAAGCACAUAUAUGUGCAUCUUUUAUGGAAAUGUGUGGCAUGUUGAAUAUGGAAGAUCAUCCUACAUUUGAUGUACCUGAUGACAGUGUCACAAGAGAAAUUCAAAGAAAAUGGUUGAUGGAGACAUGUGCAAAAUUUGUUGACAAGUAUGUGAUGCAAGUGGAUGUGAACACAUUGGUUCAGAAAAUUGAAAAAUUUGAUGAACAGAAUAGAGAAAUAGAGGUGAACCGUUCUCUGGGUUUCGUGUGUAGAGUACCUGGAUGCAAAGUAAAAUAUAUCAGCCAUUCAAACAGGGUUAAGCAUGAAGUUACAGCACACAAAAUAAUUAAACAAGUGUAUGAAGAAAGUGGUAUGGAAAGAGAUGAAUUUGGUUACUAUUACUGUAGAUGGGGACAUGAAAUUGGAAAGCAUUCCCAAGUAUUUGAUUCUGACUCAACCCACUCAAUUGAAAUCAAUGAAAGUCAAGAGGAGGACAAUCUUUACAAUUACCACUGUGCUAAGUUAACGUUUGGACUCCUUCUAAUGGAGUUCAAUGAUGGAAUAAAAGAGGGUGAUGGGGAAAGACUUAUUGAUGUGUAUAAAGUGGCACUCCUUCUAUUCAAAGAACAUGGCAAGACCAAGUAUGCAUAUGAAGUGCUUUUGUUACUUGUUAAGAUUAAUGGCAUUCUUUCAAAAUAUGAUGCACACAACUUGAAGUGGAACAGGUUUUUUAACAAGCAUGGAAUAAAGGGAGGAAACAUUCCCUUAGAUUUAAGAAUGGAGCAACUGAACAAGAUUGUUAAAACCUUGUGGAGAUCUCUAGGUGCAAACCUAAAUGAGGCAUCCGCUGCAAGGCUUGCUAACACUGUCGAUGAGAUGGAAGCAAUUCUUGAUGAAAUAGACCAGGACUGUGACCUUGCUUCUAAUAUUGGUUACAGAUCCAAAGGCAAGCCUGAAGUUGCUGUAGCCCAAGUUACUAAGGAUCUUGUGAAAAUAAAUGCUUUCAAAUUUUGCAAAGGCAGAAAAGGUCACCCAACAUUUGCAAACUUCCCAAAAACACUUCUUGGAAGAUUGAACUAUAGGGAUUUACAUGCAUGGUUGAAAGGUCAUAUCAAAACAUGGGAUUCUGCCUAUAGAGAUUAGAAACAGCCUGAACACAAGACAGUUUGAAAAUCAUUCUAUAUUUUUUCACUAUGUAUUUAUAUGUACUCAAAUUUCCAAUGUAAAUAGGUGCACAAUCAGUCAGAAAUUAUACUUAGACAAUUAAAUAAA